GGAACAAGUAUGGCGGGUGUCGAUGUUGCAUUUGCGUGACAGGUCUUCAGUCGUGAAAAGAAUAUCCCUGCCAGUACUGAUGGAGAACGAGGAGAACAAUGCAGAAUGCCGACGGGGAAGCCUGUGAAGAUACUUGUAUUGAUUCGUGUGUGUUGGUGAAUUGGAAAAAUACGGACGAAACGCAACUACCCGCUGAGUUCAGGCUCGACGUCGAAGCACCCGAUUACACUCAGCACGAGAGAGAAGACGCGAAGAAAAGGAAGGGACCUAGGGUUAAGUUUACACCCUUACGGCCUGACCACCCGAGAAGGUGGAGUCAUAAAUUUAUGGCCGAUCCCCGUGACACGUCCGAAAGCGAAGAGGAAGACGUGUCUGAGGUUGAGUCCUUUACAUUAGGCCUUGAACGUGGGGAUUUUCGAGAAGGAUCUGCCAAAUUCCUCCUGUCUGCAAGCAGUGAGUCGGUUGACCUCUUGGAGCUCCCACCUGUGGAUCCAGAAACUCAAGCCAAGCUCGAGGCCUUUCUGGAAGCUGCAGGUAUCCGUAAGGUAUCACCAGACGGGAAAGGUCUGAACGACCCCGAAGUCCUCCGUCGACUCACUUCCAGUGUUUCGUGUGCGCUGGACGAAGCGGCUGCAGCUCUGACUCGCAUGCGCACUGACUCAUCUGACGCUGCCAGCAGGAGUCUAGCUGAAGCUUGCACUGAAGGAGAUUUGAUUGAAGUACGACGUCUCCUGGAGGAAGGACGCAGUAUCAACGAGACCAGUGACAGUGGUGAAACCUUAUUGAGUCUUGCCUGUGCUUCUGGUUAUUACGAAUUGGCUCAGAUGCUCUUAGCCAUGCGUGCCAACGUCGAAGACCGAGGAAUCAAGGGUGACUAUACUCCGCUAAUGGAAGCGGCAAUGAAUGGUCACCUGGACAUUGUUAAGCUCCUUAUUCAUCAUGGUGCAGAUGUGAAUGCUCAGUCUUCAUGUGGGAAUACACCCCUCAUGCUUGCAUGUGCCAAUGGGCAUGAGCAGGUUGUGAAGUAUCUUCUCAAGUUUGGUGCCAAUGUUGAAGAUCACAAUGAGAAUGGCCACACACCUCUGAUGGAAGCUGCAUCAGCAGGACAUGUUGGUUGUGCCAAGAUACUGUUAGAGCAUGGAGCAAGCAUCAACACCCACUCAAAUGAGUUCAAGGAGUCAGCCCUUACCUUGGCCUGCUACAAAGGACAUCUACCCAUGGUCAAGUUUCUCCUAGAAAAUGGGGCUAAUCAGGAGCACAAAACUGAUGAGAUGCACACAGCAUUGAUGGAGGCUUCCAUGGAUGGACAUGUUGAAGUGGCACGCCUGCUGCUGGACUCUGGAGCCCAGGUCAACAUGCCUGCCGACAGCUUUGAGAGUCCAUUGACAUUGGCAGCAUGUGGGGGCCAUGUCGAACUUGCCAUGCUCCUUCUUGAAAGAGGAGCUCAUAUUGAAGAGGUGAAUGAUGAGGGUUACACCCCCCUUAUGGAGGCUGCACGUGAGGGACAUGAGGAAAUGGUUGCCUUCCUUCUUAGCCAAGGUGCUGAUAUCAAUGCACUAACAGAUGAGACUCAAGAAACUGCACUCACAUUAGCAUGCUGUGGAGGAUUUGUGGAGGUUGCUGAUUUCCUUAUCAAAGCUGGUGCUGACCUGGAACUCGGGGCUUCCACUCCCCUCAUGGAAGCUGCUCAGGAAGGACAUCUUGAACUUGUCAAGUACUUGAUCCAGGUGGGAGCAGAUGUAAAUGCCAUGUCCACCACCUCAGACACAGCCUUGUCAUAUGCAGCAGAGAAUGGACACCUGGAGGUGGUACGCAUUCUCCUCCAGCAUGGUGCAGUUCUGGAGCAUGAGGCUGAUGGAGGAAGGACACCAUUGAUGAAGGCGGCUCGGGCUGGUCAUCUCUCAACUGUAGAAUUCCUCAUCUCACAGGGUGCAUCUGUUAACAAGCAAACAAGCUCAAAUGACCACACCCCUCUUUCAUUGGCCUGCUCUGGGGGUCAUCUACCAGUUGUAGAGCUCCUCCUUGCUAAUGGAGCAGACCCAUACCAUAAGCUCAAGGACAAUGCCACCAUGCUGAUCGAGGCAGCCAAAGGUGGACACACGAAUGUGGUCACACUCCUCAUAGACUACCCUAACUCUCUCAUGAUUCCACCGGUUGAUGGAGAUGGGAUGUCAGCUGCAGAUGCCUUACGCUUGCUCCCUCAGGGCAUGAAUCCUGAUGGGAUGGUUACGCCUCCCCUCAUUGAUGCCAACAUCAACCUUUCUGAGAUUGGUGGAGGAGGUGAGAGCUGUGGUGAGAGAAGCAAGAGUUCUUCACGUCCAUCUGGAAAGCAACGAAGCGUGUCCCUCAGUGAUGUCCCCACUGAUCCAAAGACAGCUGCUGCUGUCAGUCUAAACCUUAAUCUUUCUCUCUGUGGCAGUGAACUUGCUUUGACAGAGAGAGAGCUGGAGGCAUUGGACAGUGCAAGUGUGGAGAAACUGGAUGCUUACAUCAAAUCUUUGAUGGCUUCAGCUGAGCAGAGGAACCCAGAGGAACAGAUUCUCCAGAAGCAGCAAAUCUUAGAAGAACUACAGCGAGUGGAAAGAGAGAUUCAGGAGAAAGCUCAGGCCCAGAGUGCAGGGAAGGGGGGAUGCACUGUGGAACCCCCAAUGCCUUCACCUCCUCCUCCCCCAUCCAUCUCCAUCCCUCAUCUUUAUGUCCCUAGUGCAAAUGGCAAUGCCUCUGAAAUCCCAACAUCAUCCAGCAACCAGGCCACCCAGACACGGGAGUCUGUGAUAGUGCCGAACCCAAGUGCAAGUGGAAGUGGGAAGGGGAAAAGUAGUGGAGGGAAGAAGGAAGGUGGGAAGAGUGCGGUGAAGAAACAGGCAGUUAGUGGAAGUGGUGGUCCUGCAUCAACCAAGGAUGCUAGUUCUUCUUCCCACUACUUUUCACUGCAGUCUCAACGUCAGCAACUCGAGCAAUUGCAACAACUCAAUCAGCAACUCCAUCGUGAGGUACUCCAUCAGCGUCAGUUGAAGCAAGCCAAUGUUGCAGCUCUUCAGGCCCUACAGCAGAAUGCUGCCCAAAAUCAGGCCCAGUUGGCCGCUCUGCAAGCCAAUGUUCAGCAACUUCAGGCCCUUGAGCAGCAUCUUGUUGCUCAAGCCAAUGGUCCAAUCACAGUCAGUAUGGGAAAUCGAGAGACAGGAACACCCUCAUCAUCAAGCAACGGGACCAAUGGGUGUGCCACCGCCAGCCAAAUCCAGCAAAUGGUUCAACAAAUCCUUGGACAGAAGCAGCUCUUGCAACAACAAAUCAAGCAUUUCAAGCAACAGGUGGAGCAACAGUUGGCAUACACUCAGCAGAGUCAGGGGGGAGGCUCUGUCUGUGUGUCAUGCUCUGAGGAGAAAGGGAAACCCAGUGAAGGGAACAAGACCUCAUUGACCAAAGUUUCAACUAAGAAGGAGAGGAAGAAGGGGAAGGAGAAAGAGAAAUUGGGUGGUGAAGAGGAGGUCGCAAAGGAGAAUCGAGCCAAUGAAGAGACAACUACUUCGGUUGUGACUCAGGGCACCUGCCAGCAUCAUCAUGUCCAUCACGUCUGUGCUGCAUCUGCAACUCCUGAUGCUUCCAACAGCAAUGCAGCAACAGGAUUUGCCACAGUGGCAGCUGGGGCCCUGAUUGCUCCAACAGGAGGAAAGGAGGGUGGCAACGGAAGUGCAUCAGGACCCCCAACUCCACCUCCAUGGUGCACUUCAGCAGCAUCCACUGCUCUCCCAUUCCAAUCCAUCUCAACAUCAGGGAUCUUCUCUGGAUUUCAGGCAUCAACCAUUCAUCAGGCUGGGGGCAAUGGGAGCCUUCCUUGGCAAUAUGGAACAACUACCCUGCCUGUUGUGUUGGGUCAGCAGCAGGAGCAGCAACAGCCACAGCAAGGCAUUCAGCAACAACCCCAACCAGUGCAUCAACUGCUUUUACAAUCACAACUUGGUGGGCUGGUGAACUUGCCAAAUGUGAGUACAGGAGCAACGCAGACACUGACAAGUGAGAAUGGGCCACAGGAGCAGAGUGAGGAAGGUUUGAUGGUUGCUUCCCCGGCACGAACGCUGUCGGAUGCUAUGCAGAGCCAAGGGGUCCAGACCUGUAUGUCUGGGUCUCAGGGGGUGUCAGUUGCCACCCAACAUCCUCAGACGGGCUUCCCAGCCACAUCCACCACUGGGCCUCCCUGUUUUGAUACUAGCUUGGAACUGUCUUCCUCGUUCCUGAAUCCUCCUGCCAUAUAUAAUGGUGCAUAUGGAAGUGGAACAGGAGGGGGAGGAACAACUCCUGGAGGAGGAGGAGGAACGGGUGCAUAUUGUUCUGCUCGACCACCUUGCCCCAUGGUAGACCUGGACUCAGAAACUGACUCAAAUCAUGACACUGCCCUCACGCUUGCUUGUGCUGGAGGUCACGAAGAACUCGUUAGUCUUCUCCUUUCUAGAGGAGCUGACAUCGAACAUCGGGACAAGAAGGGGUUCACACCCUUGAUUCUGGCAGCAACAGCUGGGCAUCAUGGAGUUGUUGAGAUCCUUCUUGAUGGAGGAGCAGAUAUGGAGGCUCAGUCUGAGCGCACCAAAGACACCCCUCUCUCACUGGCCUGUUCAGGAGGCCGCAUGGAGGUUGUUGAGAUACUGUUGAACAGGGGAGCCAACAAGGAGCACCGAAAUGUAUCUGACUACACACCGCUUAGCCUGGCUGCCUCAGGUGGCUAUACAAAUAUCAUCAAGCUCCUCCUGAGCCAUGGGGCUGAGAUCAACUCCCGAACUGGGUCCAAGCUUGGCAUUUCCCCUCUCAUGUUGGCUGCCAUGAAUGGUCACACUCCAGCUGUGAGACUCUUGCUCGAGAUGGGCAGUGACAUCAAUGCUCAGAUUGAGACCAAUCGCAACACUGCCCUCACCCUAGCAUGCUUUCAGGGACGACAUGAAGUCGUCUCACUCCUCCUUGACUAUCGAGCCAAUGUUGAACACCGAGCCAAGACUGGUUUGACCCCUCUAAUGGAAGCUGCCAGUGGUGGUUAUGUGGAAGUUGGAAGGGUAUUAUUGGAUAAGGGUGCUGAUGUCAAUGCAGCACCUGUCCCAUCUUCCCGUGAUACUGCUCUCACCAUAGCUGCUGACAAAGGACACUUCCGCUUUGUGGAACUUCUCAUUAACCGGAAUGCACAAGUUGAAGUGAAGAACAAGAAAGGCAACUCCCCCCUGUGGUUAGCAGCCAAUGGAGGACACCUGGAUGUGGUGCAACUCCUGGCCCAAGCUGGGGCUGACUUGGAUGCUCAGGACAAUCGAAAGAUCUCUCCCCUCAUGGCUGCCUUUCGGCGGGGUCACCUCAAAGUAGUGAAGUGGAUGGUGAAACAUGUGACCCAGUUCCCAUCAGACACAGAACUCACCCGAUACAUCACCACGGUCAAUGACAAGGAACUACACAAGAAGUGCACCUCUUGCAUGGAUGUCAUACGCAAUGCCAAGGAUCGCCAGGCAGCAGAGGCAAACAAAAAUGCCACCAUUCUCCUUGAAGAACUGGACCUGGAGAGGUCUCGAGAAGAAUCCAAAAAGGCAGCAGCUGCUCGACGGCGGGAGAAGAAGAAGCGGAAGAAGGAGGAGCGGAAAAAGAAAAAGGUGGAUGAAGAUGGGGACACCAACCGUCAAGAAGAUCAUGAGGAUGAGGAUAGCAUAGAAAAUGAUAUCCAGCAUGAGGAUGACAAAAUGCCAAACUUGGAUGGGGAGAUGGAGGAUCUACCAGGCAUCCCAGAAAUUAAACCCAGUGAAGCAAAGCUGAAUGGAAAAUACUCCAUUGAAGACAUGACCCAAGACAGCAGCGGGACACAAUUGAACCCAGUGACUGAGCCCCGCAAGAGUCGGGCUGGAAAAUCCCGCAGAGACAGAGAGAAGGACAGGGAGAGGGAGAGGGAAAAGGAAAAGGAAAAAGAGAAGGAGAAGGAGAGAGAAAAGGACAGGGAACGGGAAAGGGAAAUGGAAAGGGAGAAGGAGAGGGAGAGGGAAAAAGAGAGGGAAAAGGAAAGGGAGAGAGAGAAGGAGAAGGAAAAAGAGAAAGAGAAGGAGAAAGAAAGGGAAAAGGAAAAAGAAAGGGAAAAGCAGAGAGAAGUGGAGCGAAAGGAGUAUUCGCCUGUGUCUGAACCCAAGCAUCGAAAGGAUGAGGCAAGGAGAAAGGACACUAUAACUCCAGAGAAGGGAGGGGGCCGUCGCAAGCGGGAUGCUGCUGUUGCUGAAGUUCCCACUUUGGUGCAUGAUGAGAGCCCUAUCAAGGGCAGGAGAGACAGGGAGAAGGAGAAGGAAAGAGAGCCUGAGGUUGAGCAUCUCACCAAUGCCACUGCUGACUUGACCAUCUCAUCCAAGAAGGAUAACUCGCUUCACUUGAACGCCAACAACACCUCUAGCAACAACAAACCCAGGGAGGAAGGGUGGCGGGAGGUGGUGCGGAGCAUGUGCAAGACAAAGAAGGUGCUGGUGCCUGCUAAUGCAAUCAGCCGUGUGAUUGGGCGUGGUGGGUGUAACAUCAACAUGAUACGAGAGGUUUCUGGUGCGCAUAUUGAGGUUGAGAAGCAAGGAAAAACCCAAGCUGACCGAACCAUCAGUAUCAAGGGAUCUCCUGAUGCCACAAAGCAGGCCGUGACCCUCAUCCAGGCUCUGAUCAACAAUCCAGACAAAGAAUUGUCAGAACUCCUGCCCAAGUCACUCAAAAUUCCUCUGGGAUCAAUGGUCUCUUCUAAGGCAUCUGGAGCAUCUGGAUCUAAAGGUGGAUCAGGGAAGUCUCGUGGUGGAGGAGGAUCAUCCAAGGCCACAGCUGCUGCCAAUGCCCCAUCCCUAAUGAAUGUGAGCACCUGGGUUGGGAAUCCCCCAGGAUCUCCCAAACGGGGACCUAUCCCAGGUGCUGGAAUUCCCAGACUGAACCCCACCACAGCCAAGCCCCAAGUUCCAGCCCAGUUUUUCCCCCCUGCCACUACCAUUGCUGCCACUACAAACUUAAUGUCACCAGAAAAGAAGACUGUUCCAACAGGAGUCAAGACACCAGUCUCCUUUGCAAAUCCUGUGGUUGGAAGUAAGGGGAAGAUGGGGACAGCAUUGACAGCAACCACCUCUGUGUCUGCAGCUCCCAUCCCAUCUUCUGUGGCAAGCACAGGGUAUCAUCAGCAGUUUUCUGAGCCUCGGCCCAGUUCUCUUCCAUCCAAUGGAGUGACAAUGAAUGGUCCCACUUCUGCCACACCGGGCGAGUACUCACCGUUCAACAACUUCUUCAGCAAGGUGGCAGGACAGUCCAUGUGGGGUGGACAUGAAAUGAAGCGAGAAUCCUCAGGAGGGAAGGGGAUGGACUUUGCUUCAGUGGCUGCUACUGGUGUAACUUCCAUUGCCAAUCCUUCCCCUGUUCUUGGGGGUCUCCUCAGCUCCAUAGCCUCUGUUGCAGAAACUUCAGCUCCACAGGUGGAUGCCAGCAAGGCACCUGGUUACCGUGGUUCUUCUUCAACCCUUCAGAUGUCUCCUGGGAGUAAGCAUGUUCCUGGAAUGCCUCUUAUCCCACCACCAUCAGCAUCAUCUGCGUCCUCAUCUGAGUUCACUCCAUCCCGUCCUACCAGUGCUCCAGGUAUUCCACAUGCCUCAGGCACUGGAUUAGGCUCUGCCCCUCUCUCCAAUACCCUUGGCCCCAUCGGACUCCCACCUUCAAUAUCAGGGAUGAUUCAUCGACCCACAGUCACUCCUCCACCCACACUUGGCCAGCUGGUUGAUGGCACCAAUGCCCCCGGAUCUUCCCACUCAGGAUCCCACUCACAACAGUCGAGUCCAGGGAGCGCAUCGACAGGAAACCUGGCACCUGGUGGACCUGUGGUGUCAUCUAGUCUCGCUCCUGGUGGUCCAGUCUCAUUUGCUCCACAGUUCCACAAUCCUCCGCAGUUGCCUCCUCCGAGCCUGAGCGACUCACGUCCGCCUCCGCAGACAGGUCUCUCGUCAGAGCCCAGCGUCAGCUACUCCACCAUUAAUUCCCGUCCCGUUUUGCCUCCGAAUGUGAUGAUCCCGCCCACAACCCAUCGUCCCCCGCCGCCUCCACCUGCGGCAUACCAGCUUCCCCCUCAUGCCGUCAGCAAGCUUAACCCCAAUGCUCCUGACUUCUCUACCAAGAUGUCCCACUUUGGUGGGACUGGAGCAGCAGGUCCACCCCGUUUCCCUCCAUAUUACUCUCCUAUGGUGAGGCCUCCAGAUGUGGCUCCUUUUCGAUCCAUGAUGUCUCAUGAGAAUGAAGAGAGGAGGUUCCCACCUCCGAUCGGCAACGAGCGUGCCAUGCGGAAGCCAAUGAUCCAUCACGAUGGUGGAGUGACUGGUCGUCCCCUGUGGAACACGAAUGAUCUUUCUCCUGGGGAUUGGCUUGGAAACAUUGGCCCACAUGCCUCUCUCAUCCUGAACAGCGACAAUCCUGAAGUUGCUGAGAACCUCUCACAGCUAGAUGCCCUUCAGCAGCAACUGGAGCAGUCUGGAGCGAACCUGCUGAAUCUGGUGAAUGGGAUCCCCCAGUCGAUGAUGGCCCCGUUCAACCCGACCGGGUCGACGGGCUCUUGCGUGGGAGACCUCGGCCCGAACCCAGCGGACUUGUGGAGUUCCAUCCGUAUGGACGUUCCCGAAAAAUCACCACAGGUGUGGAAUUCCUGGAGUCAGCAGCAUAUGUAGGGCGGAAAAAGCGUGAGAAGAGAGCCAAUUGGCAGACGGAGAUGACGACUUCCCCCCCCCCCCCUCCCACCCCAGAAGUUUCGAGACCCGGAUUGUCAUUACAUCGUUCAUGACUUUGUUCUAUCUUUCCUUUCUUUCUCCCUAUCGUUUCUUUUUUUUUCCAUCUUUUCAUUGUACUGUAUUCAUAUGGAGUCACAACAGACACAUACACACACAAACACACACACAAUCUCUCCCCUCUCUCCAUGCAUGAAUGAGGUCUGGCUGGAAAGCCAUGAAGGAAAACCGAGUUGUUAGGGUCGUCCUCUUUCUCUCCUUUCUUAAAAAGUGUACUGUAAUGGCAUGAACCACUCGCGUUCUUGGUAGACAAGAUGGAAAUAGCAGUUCCGGCACUUGAGUCCAGAUUUCCAUCGUUCCUCACAUCUCCGAGUCACACGUCCUCUCGCCUCCAAAUGUACCGAGCAAUACGGUCUGGUCUCCGAGCGAGGAGCACGCAUGAGGUGUCUCCUCGGUGUCUCCUUCCCCCCCGACUCGUGGGGCACCGGCACCUCGUUCUCUCGCGGAUUUUCAGUGUAUAGCGGGCAGCGAUUGGAUGAGAACGUGUGCAUGCACGAGAGAGACCUGGCAUU